AUGAACGAGCCGAGCGCUCAACCUUUGCCUGACCCGGGCAGAGUUCCGACUACGCAAACCUCGGGCACAAUCGACCAAUGUCGCUUCUGCGGCGAAUUCACCAAAUGCGUCCCCGUUGCCAACAAGCCAUAUAUCUCCAACAACACCACACUAGCCUUCAACGACAUCACCGUACGACUCGACUUCAACGACGAAACAUUACCUAAGACCGUCUGCCAAGCCUGCGACGCAAAACUAAGAGAGAUGUACGACUUUGUGAAAGUCGUCAAAGCGGCUCAGGAGUCGCUGAUCAAUGUUGCAGAACCAAGACAAGUCGAUGUUGAAAUAGACCCUAGAGAAGAUUAUGAAACGUUAGUGGUUAAAACUGAAUAUGAUGAUGAUGAAGGAAAAGAUGAAGAUGAUGAAAGUAUAGAUGGAACAUUAGAUUCGUCGGCAAUUGGUGAAACUAUAUUUAUCAAAGAAGAAAUAACUCAAAAAAGGAAAAGUAAAACAGCAAGUCCUAAUAAGCCGAAGAAAGCUAAAGUGACUGAAGUUAAAAGUGAGAAUGAAAAUGAGUUGAUAAUUGAUAUAAAAGAAGAAGUUAUUGAGAGAGACACAAAUGAUAUUGAAAGUGAUACAGGAUGCUCUGUUAGUGAUACAGAAACAGAUGCUAAACCUAGUGAAGAGGAACUUACGACGUGCUUUAGUUUUUGAAAUGAGAAGUGAUGGUAGUGGAUA